CCUUAUCACUCAUUGUUUUGGAGGUUUGACUUGCAUUUGGGAGACAGAGUGUACCAGGCAGCGAGUGAAAAUGGAGGGAUCAGACUCUGGGAUUUAUGGGAAUCAUCCGUACGCCCCGAGGGAUCUAAAGCUACCCGGAUUCGUACCCGGAUUUCUCUCACAGUCCACCAUUCUUGGCGUCUACGGCGUCUCCUCCCUACUCGUCGUUUCCCUCACCUGGCUCUUCUCCGGGAGGUCACCGAGGAAAUCAAAACUUGAAAGAUGGCUAAUGUGUUGGUGGGCUUUCACCGGCCUUACGCACUUGAUACUCGAAGGCUAUUUUGCAUUUUCGCCCGAGUUUUACAAGGAUAAGACUGCUUGUUACCUGGCUGAAGUUUGGAAAGAGUAUAGCAAAGGUGAUUCAAGAUAUGCAGCGAGGGAUGCAGGGGUCGUUUCUGUCGAAGGAUUAACCGCAGUUAUAGAAGGUCCCGCUAGCCUUCUUGCAGUAUAUGCAAUAUCUAAAGGCAAGCCAUAUAGCUACAUACUUCAGUUUGCCAUUUCGUUGGGUCAGCUCUAUGGAACUGCUGUAUAUUUCAUAACAGCCUACUUGGAAGGUGACAAAUUUGCUACAAAUUCGUUUUACUACUACGCAUACUACAUUGCUGCAAACGCCUCCUGGGUUGUAAUACCGACGCUCAUUUCCAUCCGCUGUUGGAAGAAGAUUUCUGCAGCAGUACAAGUUCAAGCCCAAGGCCAAGACCAGAAAAAGAACAAAACUCGCUGAGCUUGACUCCAGAUCAUUAACCUUUUAAGAAGAUUUUUGUGGUUUCAAGUUAUGCUAUGGCUUCAUCGAAAUAAUUUUGGAUCAUGAAACAGUCAAUCAAGUAUUUCAAUCUGUAAAGACGAUAUUUUUUUUUGGAGUUUUGACCCCAAAGAUUUACAAACGAUGAAUGGUUUCUUGCACUGAGAUUAAUUGGUAUGGAUUUGAUUGUUUGAUACUGCUCA